CUUUCGUUGGCCUUAUUCCAUUGCCGCACGUGUCGCCCUGUGCAUUUGAAAAAGCUGAUCAUGGACGCAUAGAGCCGGCGUUUUUUUUGCUACUGAAUCUUUCGCAUAGUGGAAUGACCAGCACAAAGCAUAACAAAUUUCGAAGGUGUUGUUUCUUGAGACUAUUCGAUUAGAUUGAAAACAAAUCUGUCUAAGGAGGUUUCAUCGUAGCAUAUCCGAUGUAAACCAUGAAUAGUAACGCAAUAAUCGAUUCUGCAUUGGUGAGAUCAGUGAAUCACGCAUGUUUCAUAAACGUUCAGGCUUGUAACGUGUAGUCAUCUGAUUUACUUUUAAGUAUGAGAUCGAUUUCUGUAACAACAGAGCAUUGGACUAACUGGCUGGCCAUUGGAUUAUUAAACCUCCAUCAUACUGUUUGCUCUUCCAUAAGCAAGACAGUGCGAAUUUUCACACGUUUCGGUUACGUUUUGGUAACAAGGUACAAUCCAAGCGUUUUACACGAUGACGGAGUUUUGCACUUUUCGUACAUUUCUCUAGUUCCCUUAAACUGCUGUAUGUUAAAAAAAAUGCUUUAUUGUGUAAAGUGUUCAGUUAGGAAAGAGUUUUCAACAUCAGAAAUUAUGUACAUGUAUUAACCAUUAAUGUUUUUAUGCAUUUGCAUUAAUAUUUCGGGUUUCAACAUUAAUAUUAUACCGAUUCAAAAGGGCUUAUCCCUUCAACACGUGCAAUUUUAAUUUAAUCAAUUUCGGGUCAAGCUCCAAUGCAUCUCGGUUCUUACGUCAUUCAUUGACAAUAAGAAUUACGAUAAGUUCAGCUUACACGUGUUGGAAUGUUUUGAUGGCAGGGAUAUGAAUUGUUUGGUUCGUUUCGUUUUUUUUUCCACCAACUAGCGCAGCAUUCACUGAUGCGUUUCCUUUUUAUCUACUGAAGGUCUCAGCUUGCUAACCCGAUGUUAGUCGGAGUGGGAGAGUAGCCAAGCCCUAGGAUUUUGUUUUGCGUGCCUACGUACCGCGAAGCACACCUACAAGCCUUUCAAUACAGUUUGAAUAAUCUUUCCUCUUCAGUCGACAGUGUGCGAUGGUACCGGUACGACCGUGCACCGAUGAUGAAUCUAUUGGUGCAAAGUGGACUAAUGCUUUCUGUGGCCUUGUGUGGUGCAUUGUGCGAACAACUAUACCGUGCGUAUCGGUUGUGCCGUGUGUUGCUUAAUUUCUUCCAUUCAUAUGUACAUCAUCUUUGGUCUCAUCGGGUUUGUUUUUCUACUUUGUUCCUACUAGCCACUGAGAGGAAUGCCAAGUUGCCGCGAAUAUACGAGUAUGAUGAUUUCUAUACGUGUCGCCGACGGUAUACAAAUUUCGUUUAUUGUGUCAGCGUCAGUACGCUCCAGGCCGAUACGUCGAACGACGUUUGGAAAAACAUAUCUCACCUGCAAGCCAAUCGAAGAAACUUUCCCCAUGAUCAGUUUGAAAGAGGUUUAUGUUUAAAUGAUUAUCAUGCUGGCUUAACGCUUGAUCAUAAGACACCAAAUCUGAUUGCUACUCAUCUACACCAAAAAAUCUACCAUCAAUAUGGUCUCUACAGUCAUACCACAACUGAAUCAUGUUGGACGAAAACAAGUUUUGAACAACAACUUACAUUUGGCGAAUAUUUUUUCGUUUUUCUUUCAAUCUGUUUAUUGUUUACAACUGUGUGUGCUACAUGGAUCGAUUUCAACGGUGGCUCAAAGGAGUUAUUCGUGAAUGCGUUUUCAAUUCGAAGAAAUAUGCAACAAUUGUGGAAAGCACCGAAACCUAACGCACUGCCCUUUCUGGAUGGGGUGCGAGCACUUGGGACGCUCACGAUCUUGAUAGUCCACUCGCAACUGCCAAUGAUUAGGAUGCCUUUGUGGAAUACGGAAGAUUUGGAAGAGCAAGCGAAUCAUGCAAUUUUUCCUUUAGUUAAUUCCGGUAAUACCCAUAUGAUACAAUUUUUCUUUACGUUGGGUGGGAUGGUGUUUGGAAUCAGCUGCCUGAGACACUUUGAACGUUAUCCUUCGUUCAAGUUCAUGUAUUUCAUUGACAAGUUGUUACGGCGUUUAGUAAGAUUGCUACCAGCAUACAUGUUGAUCAUCUUAUACCAAGCGACAUGGUAUAAACGAGUCAAACGAGGACCACUGGAGUAUAAGUUUGACGAUUACUGUCUGGAGAAUUGGUGGUCGAAUUUGCUAUUUUUGAAUAAUUACAUUCAUACCACCAAACCUUGUCUUCAGUUUAGUUGGUAUUUAGGGGCAGAUGUUCAACUUUUCCUGAUCGGUUCAUUAUUGCUUCUGCUCGUGUGGAAGUGGCCUCUAAUAAAAGCAUGGUUGGUACGCUUAAUGAUUGCUGUUGCAUUUUUCAUACCGGGCUACAUCAUCUAUACUGAAUCGAUCGAGCCUACAAUGACUUUCGACAUGAGGCAUGCGCUAGCGGAACUACGUACUUACGAUCACUUUUUGAAGUAUUAUCUACCAUCACACACGAACAUAAGUGGUUAUUUUUUUGGCAUAAUUGCAGCUAUGUUCUAUACGAAAAUUGUAUCUACCCAAGCCUCGGAUCAGUUGCUACCGAUGCUUCAAAAGUUCUUAAACAUAUCGUUGGUGACAUUGUUUGGUUUGAAUGCUUUCACCAUACUGCUUCCGUUUAUGAACAUAGAUAAGCAACAUUCCCUGUUCCAUGCAACUUACGGCAGUUUCCUUAAGUCUUCGUGGGGCUGUGGUUAUAGUUUAUUGUUUUUAGUUCUUGCACUGAAAGGCAAAUCACAUGUUCGAGAUGUGUUAUCACAUAGUUUGUUACAGUCUUUUGCCAAAAUAAGCUACUGUGUGUACAUAGUGCAAUAUACUGUAAUAUAUGGAUUGUACACUAACUUUCCCAUUCCUCUAGUGUAUGGUGGUUUCAAUCUGCUCAUAUUGACAUCAGCAGCCUUGCUAAUAACAGUUAUCUGUGCCUUAUUACUUUAUCUUGCUGUAGAAGCUCCUCUUGUACAAAUGGGGAAUAAAUGUGUGACAACCUUGUUAGGAGAAUGUGCAACAAAUGAAAUCGAGACUAAACACACCAAACAUAAGUAAUACAUUUUUUUGCGAACAACUUCUGAACAGAGAAUGAAUAUGUUAAAACAAUGAAUAAUAAAUAUAUGUUCACUCUGUAACAAAA